AAAAUGAGCAAUCUUACUUCUAUGUCCAUGUUUCUGCUGUGGGAAUUCUCAGAACGACGAGAACUACAGAUCUUACACUUCUUUGUGUUCCUAGCAUUGUACUUGACAACAAUGACCGGGAAUGUUCUCAUCAUUGUUGCAGUAGCCCUUGACCAUCACCUUCACACACCAAUGUACUUUUUCGUAACAAAUUUGGCUAUGAUGGACAUUGGCUCUGUUUCUGUCAUCAUGCCGAAAUCUAUUUCCAAUUCCAUCAUGAACAACAGGUCCAUUUCUUAUUCUGGGUGCGUGGCUCAAGUUUUCUUCUAUUUCUUCUUUGCAGCAUCAAAUAUUGCUAUUCUAACAAUAAUGGCACAUGAUCGCUAUGUUGCCAUCUGCAACCCAUUACAAUACGAGACAAUUAUGCACAGACGAGCCUGUAUUCAGAUGGCAGUCACUGUGUGGAUUCGUAGUCUUUUUUAUUCCGUGUUACACACUUGUGGUACCUUUGCAAACACCUUCUGUUCUCAUGCUGUUAAUCAGUUCUUCUGUGAAAUCCCAACAUUACUGAAGCUUUCCUGCUCUGACCUUUAUGUAAUUGAAGUUGGGUUUCUUCUGUUAGGCUGUAUUAUAGGAUUAGGAUGUUUUAUUUUCAUCAUCAUAACAUACGUGCAGAUCUUUUCUGCAGUGCUCAGAAUUCCUUCAAUGCAUGGUCAGAAAAAAGCUCUCUCCACUUGCGUUCCGCACCUCACUGUUGUCUCUGUUUUUAUGUUCAGUGCAAUUGUAGCUAAUGCAAGGCCUCCAACUUAUGCUUCUUCUGGUCUGGACAUAGUUUUUGCUGUGAUAUAUGCUGUCAUUCCUCCCAUGGCAAAUCCAUUCAUCUACAGCAUGAGAAACAAAGACAUCAAGAUUGCUUUGUGGAAACUCUUAGAUUUUGGGCAUUCUCCAGAAACUAUCUUGAGAAUUCUGUAA